CUUUUAUUUAUUUUGUUCUUUCCCUUAGCCCACCCUAUCGCUCUCGGGAGAGGACACUGGCAUCCGCGCGGCUCCCGCACGCGCACCACGAACUCUCUUCUCCGCCGCCCCAUCGCUCCCGCUCGGACUACCACCACCGCCCCACACCUCCCGUCGUGCCGCCGACCGACGGCGCGCAUCCGCCGCCUCCGCUCCGCACCUCCUCAUCGCCGCCCCGCCUCGCCUCUCAUCGCCGCCCCGCCUCCCUCCGUCGUUCCUGGCCGCCUUGCUUCUCCUCCGUCGCCGGCUACGCGCGUGAGGAGGGAGGAGGAGCCGCAGCGCGUCGAUCGAGGGGCAGCGGCGUCCAUCCCGCGUGAGAAGGGAGAAGGAGCCGGUGCUCCAUGACAUCGGAAAUAAAUUAGGAUUGAAGCAAGAUUAGGGAGUUAUUCAAAACUUGAAAGUAAAGGGUUUCCAGUCUUCCAGUUAAAUGACCAAAUGACCUGUAUAAUGUCAGCAAGCAAGCAAAAUAAACGACAGACAAAUUGUACCAACUCAGAGCAGUGCAGGCCGGGGAAGAAAACAAAAUUUGACUCAUCUCAUUGUCUAGUAAGUUUGAAGCCUCAUAUCGGUCUUAAAUGGGACCAAUAUCUGAGGAAAGUUGUGCCAGAGAAGGAGCAAGUUGGAAUUUUGUGGUCAGAUAUGGCCCCUUUCAUGGAAAGCCAAAAACACUGUUCAGGCCUUGCUGAUGUUACAUAUGUUCCUCCAGAGACUUUCUCUCUUAAGAGCCUUAGAGGUGUGCUAUCCUAUGAGGUAUGGUCUACAUUUCUUACAGAAGCCGAGAGAAAAUUUCUCAUACAAUUUCUUCCAAGUGAGACUGAUGCAGAAGAAAAUGUAUAUUCGUUGCUUACGGGAAAAAAUCAUCACUUUGGAAAUCCUUUCCUCAGCUGGUCAUCUUCUCUUUGCUAUGGUGAUAUUCAUCCUGAUGCACUACUUAACAAGGAGAAGCACAUAAAAAAGGAUGAGAAGGCAUAUCAUGUUAACUUGCUUAAUUACCAUUCCAACAUGGUUGAAACCUUGAAGAAUUGGAGGAAGAGAUGGCUAAGUUGCGGUGAUACAGAGAAUUUCUUCAGGGAUAACCCUGGUAAUCAGAUGCAAGGAGUUAUGCAGCUGAAAGCUACUAAGAGUGUAAUGCCCAUGAAGGUUGCACAAAGAAUUGAUGUUUCAAAGUUUAUGUCAUACAUCAAGGUUAGUAGAACACAGCUCAACCAUAUAAAGAGACUGAAGCCAUCUGGGGAUGGUAUUCAGACCAAACAUGUUUCACGUGUAAUUGGUGGCCUUGAUAAAUCCCAUGUAAAACCAUAUGGAGCUUUACUAGAGGAUGAACAGAGGAGACUGCGUGAGCAUUGGUUGAAAAUGUCUUGCAAUGAUCUACCUGCUUUCUUUGAGGUUCUUAGGGAAAGGAAGGUGCUGAUGGAGAAAUCAAGAAAGUUAUUAGGCCUUGAGCUUGAACAGAAGAAUGUAUCUGUCUUGAGAAAGGCAGACCAGUUAACAGACAAAACGAAAGGGCUAGGACAACCUGGUGCUAGUGAAAAUGAUGGUACGCCAGUUUUUCAAAAUGACCAGGUAGAAUGCUCACCUCAAAGUAUAUUGCAAGGUGGGCAUGAUCAGAGCACAUCUCUUCAAGAUCAGGAUGAUGAGCAGUCUGUUUACCAUGAUCUCAUGGUAGUCAGGGGUAUAGACAUAACUAGUCAGAGUGAGCAAAAAUCUGAUGUGCCGGAUCAAAAUCGUAAUGUUGUCAGCUGCAUAGGUAAAGGCAUUUACUGCUGUGCCAACAACCCUGGUAAGCAGAGUGAAGUUCUCAUGGACAUCAAAUUAUGUAAAGAUGGACUGGUUGUUGACAAUCCUGACUGCAAAAAUAUGCAACUAGAAGAUCUUGAUGGAGUUUCUUACAAAGGUCCAUCAGUUCAUGCUUAUGAGCAAGAUCAGGACCUGGAAAGCAUUGGCCAUGCUGUUGUCAACCACAAUUUUCACCAGUGUCCAAAUAUUUCUUCAGAAAUGAGUCAUCCAAAGAUGAACACUGUAAUUGACCAAGACGAGACUGAGAACGUUAUGAUACCAUCGUGCAGUUCUUCACAACUACCUAAGUCCUCUGGAGAACAAAUGCAUGUGGAAGAUUUUCUGGAUCUAAAUGACCAAGCAGCAAAAGUUGAGAAAGUCAGAUGGCAGCUGGCAGGCCCUCUUCAGUCACAUUUUCGCCCUCUAGAGAAUAUAGCAUAUAAUGGCUCAGGUGACUUGCAGGUUAAACAGCCUUAUCUCUCUUCAGGGCAACAUAAUUCUUCAGUUUACUUGAAUAAUGGUAUUUUAAGUCAGCAGCAACCUCAACUUGCCUCGUCUGCUUUCACAGUGGACAAUCCAGCAUCAGUUAUUGAACCUUUCUCAAAUCUGCAGAGCAAUGGUCAGCUCGAGACAGCAAAGGACAUUGGAGCAGUCUCCUAUCCCUUUCGACAUGCAAAUAGCAUAAAACAGUCAACUGGUUUGCAUUGUUUGGUGAAUAAACGUUUGACUCAAUCUGCUCCAUUUCCCAGGUUGUUGCAGGAGCAGCAUCAGUUAAUUGAUCAGAGUGACAAUGGCCUCUAUGCACAACCUGAUGAGGAUUACUACACGGAUGUGAGUUUUCCAACUAAAGUAAACCUUCCAAUCUCUGAACAGCAUUCCUAUGCUGCUUUUGAUUCUAUGGAUCAUAGGUAUAACUGGUUCCCCGAGGGCUCUCAGUCACAUAAUAAUAAUAAUGAUAAUCUGUUGGGGUUGCAGUCGGGUAACUGCUUACCCCAGGCCUUACCAAGUGGAGGCAGCACCGAUGGAACUCUGUUCAGUGCCAUAUCCCAGUACAACCAGCCAUCAGUACACAUGGGACAUGGUGGGUCAAGCCGCAGCCAACUCAUUGAGCCAAGGAAUCAAUUUGGUCCACCUCAGAAUUUUUCUACUUUUCCGGAUAUCUAUGGCUUCACCCAGAAUAUGGCCAGUGGCACAAGCAGUCAGGUAGGGCCUGUAGGGUCUCUAGAUAGCUCACAUUGGACAAACUUGAUACAACAAAAUCCUGGAAUGCCAUCUGACUUUACAAACAGGCCAUUCCGAGGGCCCUGGACCAGAUAACUCUUUGACACACUGGACUGGAUGUACUAGAUUGGUUGGUUUUAGGCGCUACCUAAGUUGGUUAAUAAGGAAAUUGGGGCAGAUUGGAACAGAAUGUUUUCCAGCACCGAUGACUGACAGCAUUAGUGGUCUUGAGCCGUUUGAAUGGUGUGGUUUCAGAAAUUGCUUUUGCACCAUGCCUGUCUGAACGCAGGCGCUGGGAAUCUGGAGUCAAAGCUGAGGAUUCCCGUUUUUGCUGUUUUGCCCUGCAAUUUUUUUUUAUUUUUGAUAAUAAAGCUGUGCCCCAAUUUCCAUGUCUAGUCUGCCUCUGUAGCGCCCUCAGCAAAACCUGACGCUGUGUCGUUCUUAAUUGUUAUGUUUGUCUUUUGGGUUGACAUGCCGGUUAUAUAUGAAGACAGAAGGUGUGUACCAGUCGUGGGGAUGCCAUUUUAGGUAUCAAGAGCAGG